AUGGGGAACUUAAUAAAGACAAUUAUUAUUUUAAUACCGUUGUAUUUUUUGGCUCUUACGUGUGAUAGUGCUAAGAUAAACACUCCAAGAGUGCUACUUCCAUGGUUUGAAAAUUUGAACGUGAACUUUACCUUUGAAAUCAUAGAAGGUGGUUGCUACACUUGGAGUUUAUCUCGCGAUGACAUCAUCGAUCUUGAACCCUUGUAUGAAGAUACAUGGGGACACUGUUCGCGCGCUGCUCGUGUGUCUGUUUCGAAAACAUGUAUGCCUCCAGGAUCUGUGAUAAUUUUAGCCGAAGAAGUAAAUACUGGGGAGAUUUUAAGAGGGGAUGUAGAUAUUGACAAGAUCAGUUCCUUAAAAGUAAUGAGUACCACUUGGAACCUUUAUUUAGAAGAGGCACCAGAAGCCUUUGAAGUUAUAGCAUAUGAUGACACAGGAAAUAAAUUUUCAACUUUAGAGGGUGUAAGCUUUACUUGGACAAUUGAAAAUAUUGGGACUAGCUAUGGAGAAGAUCCUUUAGUAAUGCUUGUGCAAUGGCGUGACACAGGCUACGAGCCACCACGUGGUGUAGCCCAGCUUGAAGCUCAAGGUUUACGUUCACAUUCAGUACUGCUUUAUGGACAGGCAAUGGGAGAAUCACGUGUGACUGUUUGUUUAGGAACAAUUUGUGCUAACUUUGAUCUGCAAGUGGUAGCAAGUGUUGUUUUAACUCCCACAAUUGCAUAUAUUGCACCUGGUGAUACUUUGAAGUAUAAGGUUGUGAGAGUUCGUGCAGGACGUUUAACAGUACAAGACGUUGUCGAAACACUAUACAAUAUUAAAGUACCAGAAACUCGAGUAGCAAGUAUGGAAGAUAACAUAAGCUUAGUCAAAGGAAUGGAGUUAGGAGCUUCUACCAUUCAACUUAUGUCUGGUCUUACGGAAGUUGCUAAAGCUACUUUGCAUGUCGUUGAACCAUUUUCAAUUAGAGUGACAAUAAGACCAGCCAAUUUACUAACCCGAGGAGAAGAAUUCCUAAUUCAUUGCAUAGUGUAUGAUGAAGAAGGUCAUCCUUUAACCGCUGGUCAGGAAAUAUUGAUAAGACUUACAGUUGAAGGCGAAGCCAAUGUGGAUUUAUUGAGUUCUACUGAGAAUGGGACUAUAACAGAUGCAAUAGCUCAAAAUGCCGGAGAGUUUACCGUUACAGCUAGAUUGUAUUCUAUUGCUGGUAGAGCUUUAUCAAAAAAGGUUGAAGGACAGGCUUCAGCAAUCGCAUUGGAUCCAUUGCAAGUGGUGCCACCAGAAUUGUUUAUUGCAUGGACAGAAGCAAUUCAAGAUGUACCACUAAAAUACCGCGGUGGUGGCACAGAGUUAGUCACGUGGUCAGAGAGUGAGACAGCAAACACCGCGAGUACUGCUCUCUCGCUCGCACCCACCGGCCUUUUGACAGUGCGAGGAGUCGGACACCUCGAUGUGAGAGUUCAUCUCACUCAAUACCCAUAUAUUUGGGCUAGUGGCAGAGUGCGGUCAGCAGUGCCCGAGCUGGUGCAAGUGUCGAGCACGGGGCACGCGCGCGUGGGCCGCCCGCACCUGCUGCACAUCGCGCUCACCGCCUCGCACCCUUCCGGCGAGCUUUACAAUUUUCAUGUAUGUAACUGUGAUUCGUUUGCAGUGUCUUUACUGGAAGGCCCUGAACCUCAUAACGUGACCGCGGCUCCGUGGAUAGAACCUGUUGACGGCGCGUGCUGCGUGCUGCAGUGCUGGUGGGUGACGCGCGGCGUGUCCACGGUGCGUGUGUCGCGCGGGCGCGCCGGCGACACGGCGCGCGUGGCGGUGCGCGCCGCGCCCGCGCUGCUCUGGCCGAUGAAUGCUGCUGCCCUUGUUGGGGCUACGUUACCGGUAUUAGCAGAGGGGGAGUCCCUCACCCCUCAGUCCAGUGAGUCGCGGAUAGCAGACCUGAGCGCACGAGGCGGCUUGGUGCCACACAAGUAUCCUGAUGUACAGCUGUUUACUAUGAAAUGUCGGAGGAAAGGCGACGCGCGUCUCGAGCUGCAAUCGUUCACGGAUGAAGAGCGAGAGUCAGUGGAGUUGGAGGCGUCGUGCGCGCCGCACGUGUCGCGGGUGCGCCUGGAGCCGCCCGACACGCCCGGCAACUGCUCUGGUGGACCUAGAAUAUGGCUACGACCAGGACAAGAAGUGACAGUGAAAGUGACUCUUCUAGACGCAAUAGGCAGGGAGCUUUUGGAUGAAGAGGGUCCAAGUGUGUUUUGGGAACUUCAACCUCAUCACGUUGGGAUAGAGUUCAAAUCUACUGACAGGUUGUUUGUUGAAACGAAUCCAGAGUAUGCUCCAGUACCAGUGCCUAAUAAGUAUUACCAAUUGGUAGAAGCAAAUGAACAAGCUAUUGGAUGGAGUGGAGCAAUAAAAGCAAGUAUUCCAGAUGCAACUGCAACCAUUCAGGCUAAGGUUGUAGCGCCCUUGAAGUGCGAUCCUUUGAAGGUAAAUGUAGCGUGGGAGGGUGAAACAGUUCCAAAUAUAGCUAAAAUAUCCGGUGGCAGUGGAAAGUAUACAGUGGACACGCCUAAAGGAGUGUCUGCGAGUGUGGACGGCGGCGUGCUGACCGCCGUCGUGCCCGCGCCCGGCGCCUACGACCUGCUCGUCACUGACCUGUGCGUGGGCGGCGAGAGGCAAGUUGUUGAGGUGAAUGUGGAAGAAGUACUCAAUGUAGAAGUGUCAACUGCUCGUGCAGUGUGUGUUGGGAGCUGUGUGCCUAUCAGUGCUUUAGUGAAGGGAAUAUCCCAUAGAUACUUGACUACAAGUCGUGAGCCUGACUGGAAGACUGCAGGCCAAGUGGUGAUUAAAGAUGGCAACUUAUGUGGUCUUAAAGAAGGUUCUGGAAGGGUUAGAGCAGCUUUGAGCGGAGUUUGGAGCCCUGAAGUUGAGGUGACAGUAUUCCCGGCAUUGCGGAUAGUACCGGAGCGGUCGCGCCUGCCGGCCGGCGGCGGGGUGCAGCUGCGGCACGUGGGCGGGCCGCCCUCACAUCUAGCCACGUUGAACUACCACACUGUAUCUGGCCAUGAUUAUUUACAGGUGUCACCAACGGGGUCGGUGCAAGGUGUGACUACGGGCAAAGCGCGCGUAAAGCUUGUUGCGUCUGAUAUCGUUAAUACUGAGUUGGCCAGCACAGAAGCUGAAAUUGAGAUAGUGCCGAUAUCGAACCUGCACGUGGCGGCGGCGACGCAGACGCUGCUGGUGGGGCGCGCGGCGGGCGCGUGGCUGCGCGCGGGCGCGCUGGGCGCCGCGGCGCUGGCGUCGCUGCGGCCGCCGCCGCGCGUCACGUGGGCGCUGCGCGACGCCGCCGCCGCGCGCCUCUACACCACGCACGUCGACGACUUUUUAGAAAGAUCGGUUGCAGAAGGGCUGUCAGUUCGAGUAGUGCCUCUAAAGCCAGGUGUCAUUACACUUGACGUGAGAGUGCGUAAUUUGGGACAGCUGGCAGAAACGAGGUCCUGGGACAGUACAAUAGAAAUCCUCGGUAUAUCUGACAUUCGCACGUCAAUAGAAGGUUUAUCAAAUGAAUUGGCUUCUGGAGAUCGUUUGUCGUUGGCGGUUGGAGCGAGUGUGCGUUUGAAGUCGUUGCCAAGAGGCGUUUGGUCUUCGUACGACGAUGGAUCUUUUGAAGUCAAUAAUGGCGAUGUCAAAGCAAUUCGACCCGGCCAUGGAGUUAUAUUUGUCAAACAUAAAGAUGAAAGAAAUAAUAUUGAUAGACAAGCAGUGAUCCACGUAGAAGUAUCACAGCCGCACUACUGCACGGCGGAGGCGGGCAGCGACGAGGCGGUGCGUAUAGUACUGCGCAACGCGGUGGGCCGCGCGCUACUGGCGCCGCAGGCCAACGCGACCGUCACCGAGGCUCGUCUCGUGCAUCUUCGGCGGGCUUCCGAUAGUGCACUCGGAAACGAACUCGUCAUAGCUGGACUAGAUGCGGCUGGCGCGUUUCUGGGCUUCCAAGCUUCUAUAGGCGGCACCACUGUGACUGAUGAAGUGUGGGUCGCAGGUUCUGAUACCAGUACGAACAAAAUUAUUGCGGCGGGUAGCUGGGCAAUAUGUCUGGAGGGCGUCGGGUGGCGCGCGCCCGCCGCGGUGGCGCUGUACGCGGGCAGCGGCGUGACGCUGGCGGUGCUGCGCGCGGACGCGGCGGCGCGCCACGCGCUGCGCCGGGACCGCCCCGCCCUCGCCUACACCGUGCACCAGCUGCCUGUGCACAAGAUGGAGUUUUUGCCCGGUGAGUGGCCGUACACGCUAGUGCCGUUGUCCAUACAAGGAGAAGGUCUAAUGUCAAGUCCACUGCUUUGUACUGAAGAACAAAAGUACGCAAUCGAAGGCCUUGAAAUAGAACUGCCUUACUCAUGUCGUACUAAAGCGCCGCAUACCGCUAAAGCUGUACUUGAUGUUUUUAAUGGUCAACUCGGCUGUUCAAUAGUACCAGCGAUACAAUUAACUGACGCAUUAGAAGUAGAACUUUGUGCUGAAUGGGGAGUCUCACGCACAUGCACCAAAGUCCUUCUCUUGCCACCAUUAAAAAUAUCCCAAGCGAAAAUAUCUCUACUUAACCCUCCAGCAACAUUUACCAUAACAGGACAUCCACAUGCAUUGAAAAUGGUCAAAAUGACCACAUCUCCAGGGUUAAAAUUAGAAGUAACAAGCAGUGAUACAGAAAUCAGUGUUCUAGUUAAAAGUGAAACAGUUAUUUGUGGUAUGGGAUGGGUCAAUGUGGUUUCAAGGCUUACGUCGCAAGAGAUGAGAGUUGAAGUGGAGAGAGAGUUUGAGAUUGCCUGCGGUACAUUACUAGGAGCUAUAUUUGCACUAUUAUUACCAUAUUUGCCAACACUCAUAACAGUUGUUGCCAUUACUGCUGGAUAUCUAUAUGUACAAUCGAAGUUGCAAAGGAAAGGGCAGAUUCGAAUACCAACCGAACCAGUUCAAACCGUUUUACCAGAGACUCCGCCACUAAGAAGCCGUACAUGGUCUCGGAGUCCUUAUGCGGCUGGAGGCCCCGCCUCACCAGUAUAUGGUGACACCAGCACGUUACCAGAUGCCAGCUUCUCACCAAACUCAUCAAGAAUACACUCAAGAUUCCUA